UAAACAGCCGUGAAGGCGUAACGAGAGAUGAUGGUGGUUCUGAUGGACAGUUCCUGGAUGUGAGGAAACAAUGAAGCGAGUGCUGCUGCUGCUGCUGCUGCUGCAUCAAAGCUGCUGCUUUGAGUUUGUCAUCGAUGGACGAUGUGAGGACGAGACGUUCCAGGAUCAGGAUCAGCAGAGACACAAGAGAGCCAUUUUGACCAGCGAGGAGCAGGAAGACUUUGAAGCCAUACGCGGAGAUGACAUCACCGUUAAGAGCUACAGGGUGGAGAGCCGCAUCACGUCGCGCUUCGCUCACACCACCGUCAGGAGCUCAGUGGUUAACUCUGGUCCUUCAGCUCAGAGCAUCGGCUUCAACGUCCAGAUUCCCAAACGAGCGUUCAUCACCAACUUCACCAUGAAUGUGAACGGGAUCACGUUUGUGGGUUCGGUGAAGGAGAAGACCGUGGCCAGGAACCUGUACACUCAGGCCAGAGCCAGAGGGAAGGCUGCAGGCAUCGUCAGAGCAAACUCCCAGGACAUGGAGACCUUUAAGACAGAGGUCCACGUUCCUUCAGGCAGUCACAUAGAGUUUGAGCUGCACUAUCAGGAGAUGAUGCACAGGAGACUUGGUUUCUACGAGCACUCGCUGUAUCUGCAGCCAGGGAGACUUGUUCCUCAGUUCCAGGUGGACGUUUACAUCUAUGAACCAAAGGGAAUCUCAACAGUAGAAAUUCCAAACACUCUGGGGCAACAUUUCAGUGAACUCAUCAAAGUCACGUCCACCAAAGACAAGGCUCAUGUUGUAUUUAAGCCGAACCUUCAGCAGCAGAAACUCUGUGAGAACUGCAGUCACAGCGUCAUCGACGGAGUGUUCACUGUUAAAUAUGACGUGGUGAGAGACGCUAACGCUGGAGAGCUGCAGGUCUCUGAUGGACAUUUUGUCCACUUCUUUGCGCCAUCCAAUCUGUCUCCUCUUCCUAAAAACAUUGUGUUUGUCAUUGACGUCAGCGGCUCCAUGUGGGGAGUCAAGAUGAAACAGACGGUGGAGGCCAUGCAGGCGAUCUUAGACGAUCUGACCGUGGACGACUUCUUCAGCAUCAUCGACUUUAAUCACAACGUCCGCUGCUGGAGCGAAAGUCUGGUUUCAGGAUCUUCAAUCCAGAUCCAAGACGCCAAGAAUUAUGUCCAGAACAUCAAACCCAACGGAGGCACCAACAUUAACGAAGCUCUGCUUCGAGCCGUUCAGAUGUUGGUGAGAGCGACUCAGCAAAAGGUCAUCGACCCUCGUUCUGUCUCCAUGAUUAUACUGGUGUCUGAUGGAGAUCCUACUGUGGGAGAGAUAAAGCUGAGUACGAUCCAGAAGAACGUGAAGCGAGUGAUGAGAGACGACUUCUCGCUCUUCUCUCUCGGGAUUGGCUUCGACGUGGAUUACGACUUCCUGGAGCGGAUCGCGAUGGAGAACCGAGGAACGGCUCAGAGGAUUUACGCGAACCACGACGCCGCCGAGCAGCUGAGGACCUUUUACAGUCAGGUUUCUUCUCCUCUGCUGAGGAAAAUCACCACACAGUUCCCUGAAGACCUGGUUUCAGACGUCACUCAGAACCACUUUGACAAAUACUUCAGUGGCUCUGAGCUCGUGGUUGCCGGAAAAGUUCUGCCAUCUGAGGAGACCACGCUGACCACCGUCACCACUGCAUCUGCUGCUGGUCUAGACCUCACUCUACACACAGAGACAGAAAUGUCACAGUUGGACGUGGAGCUGAUGAAACAGCAGCACGCGUUCACAGGCUUCGCUCGACAGAUGUGGUCAUACAUCAAAAUCAAACAACUGAUCUCUGAGCGAUCUCUGGCUCCCACAGCGAUGAAGAAGAGGAAGAUCACGCAGCAGAUCAUGACUCUGGCUGUAGAACAUCAGUUCGUGACUCCUCUCACUGCUCUGCUCGUGGAGAGCGAGGACGCCACAGAGCGACUGCUGGCCGACGCCCCCAAAGACCCCAAACAUGGCUGCUGCUCCGGUGCAGGAGUCGGAGGUCCAGGUUCUGGUCUUGUAACUCCAGUGACUCACGUCUACGGGAUUCCACCCUGGGCACAGGUCUCCACCCCCGCCCCGAGUCAGGCUGUGAUUGGUGUAAAGGACUGGACUCUGCCCCCAAAGGUCAAUUUAGUGGACAACGACCCUCACUUCAUCAUCCAUUUGCCCCAAAGUAACAUGGACGUCUGCUUCAACAUCGACUCGAAACCUGGUCACAUCCUGAACCUGGUGUCAGACCCUGGUGCAGGUGUGGUGGUGAACGGUCAGCUGAUCAGCUCCAAACAGCUGAUCAAAGACGAUGUCAGAACUUUCUUUGGAAUCAUCUCAGUUUAUUCUCAACGUGACGGAGUCGCCGUGACGAUCAGCACUGAUGACAUCAUCGUUCACUGCGGCAACGUCUCUCACUCGUUCACCUGGAGAGCAACGGCUCAGCUGUCACAGGACAGGGUGAGAGUGUCCAUCGUGAAGAACUCUCAUGUCACCGUGACAGUGAACACAAACAUCCAGGUGAUGGCGCUGUUGCACCGCGUGUGGAACAAACAUCCAGUCAACGUGGAUUUCCUGGGAAUCUAUGUCCCCAAUGAGAACCAGUAUUCUGGUCUGGUCCAUGGACUCAUAGGUAAAACCUCACUUCACGUGAGCGUGUACGACGUCCAUGAAGGAUCAGACCCUGAGAAGAAGGAGGCGACCAUGGAGGUGAAGGGCAACAAGCUGCAGGUCACCAGAGGCUGGCAGAAGGACUACAGACAGGACACACAGCGCGGUGCCAACGUUUCCUGCUGGUUCGUUCACAACAGUGGGCGGGGCUUCAUCGACGGCCACUUCAGUGAUUACAUCGUCCCGAGUCUCCUCAGCUUCCUUCAGAAGCUUUGAACACAGAGCUGUGUUCAAGUACACUGUGUAACUUUUGUAUUUUUAUCCCCACCAGCCAUUCAAUCAUUGAUCACAUGACCAGCAGAGGGCGCUGUCGUCGACUUUAUUUGGACAAAAUUUACAUUUGCAACGAUCGAUUCAAUCUAAAUAAAAUAUACAAAAAUGAAAAAAAAUAAUUGAA